AUGUUGUGGUAUUCUCUUGCAUUGGAUGAGUCAGUUGACAUUUCGGGAACAUCGCAACUUCUUAUUUUUAUUCGUGGAGUUGAUGAGAAUAUUUCCAUAACUGAAGAACUGGCAUCUGUUUGUUCUAUUCAUGGAACAACCACUGGAAAAGAUAUUUUUGAUGAAUUGGAACAAACUAUAAGUGACUAUAACCUUGAAUGGGAGAAACUGAGUUGUGUUACGAUUGACGGGGCAAAGAAUAUGGCUGGUUCUAAAAAGGGUCUAGUUGGGCAAAUAACUAAUAAAUUGGAGGAAUUACAUAUUUCAAACACUUUGUUCAUUCAUUGCAUCCUUCAUCAGCACGCACUAUGUGCGAAGGCUCUUAAUAUUUCAUGUGUGUUGAAUCCAGUUAUUCGCAUAAUAAACUUUGUUCGAGGGAGCUCACUUAAUCACCGUCAGUUUAAAGUUUUACUUGACGAUUUUGGAUCUGAAUAUUUUGACUUACCAUAUUACACUGCAGUUAGAUGGCUUAGCUGUGGUAAUGUAUUAAAUAGAUUUUAUAAACUCCGAAGUGAGAUUGAUAUUUUUCUAACCAGUAAAAAUAACUAUUAUCCCGAAUUAUCAGAUCUUGCUUGGCUAUCAAAAUUAUCAUUUUUGGUUGAUGUUACAACUCACAUGAAUGAGCUAAAUCUGAAAUUACAAGGAAAGGAAAACUUAAUUUGUGAUUUCUACAGGAUAAUUAAAGCAUUUCGACAAAAAUUGAUGUUAUUCGAGUCACAACUUGGAGUACGUCAGUUUUCACACUUUUCUUGUUUUAAAAGUUUUUGUGAGGCAAACUGUAAUGAGAUCGACAUUACUUUCCAAAUUGGAAUUAUCAAAGAAUUAAAACAUCAUUUUUUACAUAAGUUUUCUGAACUUGACAAAAUUGAAAGCGAUAUAAUUUUGUUCGAAAAUCCAUUUUCUUGUAAUGUUGAAAAUGUUCAACAUGAAUUACAAUUAGAAGUUAUUGACUUACAAUCAAAUGAACAGCUCAAAGAUUGUCACAGACGGACCAAACUCGCUGAGUUCUACGAAUAUCUCAAGGAUGAUGAGUUUCCGAGACUAAAGAAUUUUGCGAUAAAGAUGAUUUCUAUAUUUGGCACAACUUACCAAUAUUUAGCUUCUGAUCAAUAUUUGUGCGAUUUUUUGUGGAAUUCUGGUUCAAGAUUUGGCAAUUUUUAUUGGAAUGCUUCCCGAUUGCCCACUGAUUCUGCCGUUUGUUGA